AUGGUUGCCAAUUCUUCAAGUCUCGAGCGCGAAGACCACUCUCGCGAUGCAGCCUUCAACAAGGCAAUGCACGGCAAAUCUGCCCAGGCUCGCGGCGGGAUUGCAGCAAUGUUUUCCAAGGGUGGCGAGGCCAAGAAGGCGGCUGUUGACGAGUACUUUAAACACUGGGACAACAAGCCUGCCGAGAACGAGACUGCCGAGGAACGCGCUGCUAGAACUGCCGAGUACGCAACCUUGACGAGACACUACUACAACCUCGCUACUGAUCUGUACGAAUACGGCUGGGGCCAGUCUUUUCAUUUCUGUCGCUUCUCCCUCGGCGAGCCCUUCUACCAGGCCAUUGCCCGUCACGAGCACUACCUCGCCCACAGCAUUGGUAUAAAGGAGGGAAUGAAAGUCCUUGACGUUGGUUGUGGUGUUGGAGGCCCGGCCCGCGAGAUUGCCAAGUUCACCGGCGCUCAUAUCACUGGUCUGAACAACAACGACUACCAGAUUGACCGUGCUACCCACUACGCUCAAAAGGAGGGUCUGUCCAAUCAGCUGGAUUUCGUCAAGGGUGACUUUAUGGCUACGGUCCACGCUCCCACCCUUGAGGGUAUCUACAGCCAGAUUUUCCGCGUCCUCAAACCCGGCGGUGUCUUUGGUGUUUACGAAUGGCUCAUGACGGAUGAGUACGACAACGACAACAUCCACCACCGCGAAAUCCGCCUCGGAAUCGAGCAGGGUGACGGCAUCUCCAACAUGUGCAAGGUGUCUGACGCCUUGGAGGCCAUGAAGGCGGCCGGUUUCGAGCUCCUACGUGCUGAGGAUCUGGCCGACCGCCCUGACCCUCUCCCCUGGUACUGGCCCCUGUCUGGUGAGCUGCGUUACAUACAGACGAUUGGAGACAUCUUUACUAUUGUCCGCAUGACGACGUGGGGCCGCACCAUUGCCCACAACUUGGCUGGUCUCUUAGAAACUAUGCGUCUGGCUCCCGCGGGCACAAAGAAGACUGCUGACAGUCUGGCUCUUGCUGCUGACUGCCUGGUCGCUGGUGGCCGUGAGAAGCUGUUCACACCCAUGUACCUCAUGGUUGGACGCAAGCCUGCCGAGUAA